AUGUUGGACGAUUCAAAGGGGUGGAAUGUCGCUAGUCAAAAAGAAAUGGAGGAGUACACGGCCACCACUUUCAUCGCUAAGGCUCGUUUCGAACUGGUCAAAUCGGCUCCGGACCUUGGCCAAUCUGCUGAAAAGAUUUGGUUGGCUGCGGCCUGCGCCGUUAAGGAACUCUAUCUCUCUUGUGGUGACACGAUUUGCGAAGCGGUUGCUGGGAUAAAGUGCAGGAGCUGCGCCGAGACGUCUAUGGCUUUGGCCAAUUUCAUGAGAGGGAAUAUGCGCAGAUCAUCUCAGAUGUUGAAAUACCUUGGAAGUCAAUGGAAGUACAAUAGCGAGACCCAAUUGUGCUACAAGGAGCAGCAAUUUCGGACAUCCGGCCUCGUUUCGGUUGAAUUUGGCUUUGAGGUUCAUCUUGGAAUUUCC